GUAAAAUAAUUUUAUAAAUUUAAUCCAACUCAAGUUUCCAAAUUCUAUCAGUAAAUAGUCUGUAAGAAUUCCCCUUGCGGUUCAACGUUAACGCUAAGCGAAGUGGCUAAUUGAACUCGUCGGAUCUGAUUUCAAGGCUCUGUUCCUUUCCCCACUAGCCCCAUUAAUUGGCAUCCGGAUUGAAGAAAGUCUCUCUCUCACUUUCAUCUUCAACUUAAACCCAACUUCCGAAUUGAUAUUGUAAGUUAUUGAGUUCGAUUUCUUGCUUGUUGGUUGGAAAAUGGAGGCCAUGCAGUGUGAAACUUGUUACAUCUUCUUCCGUCUUUUCGGUGUUGAUCAGCUGGGAAGCUCGUGAGGUGUUUUCUCUACUUUUCUUGCCAACCAAACAGAGGGUUAUUUUGAUGGUAGAUUAUUAAUGUCUCGGAGUGCGAGUGGUGAAAGUAAUGAUGGCAAGGAAGACAGGGAAGAAGCUGCAGCUGAUAAAUUGGGAGGGAAGGUAACACUUGGAGACUUAAUAUGGGUUAAGGUUGGAAAGGACACAUGGUGGCCGGCGCAGGUUGUUGAUGAGAACACUGUUACCGAGAGCAAUAAACCCAAAAAUCGACCAGCAGGGAAAGUUCUUGUCAGGCUAUAUGGAAGUUAUCAACAUCUGUAUGUGGAUCCUAUUAAAUGUCAUUCUCAGUUUAAGAUUGUACUCGAACAGAAUAAUGGCAGUCAUCGUGACAUAUUUGACAAAGCGCUGGAUCAGGAGAAGAUUCGUUCCGUAAAGUCCAGUAAAUCAAAGUCACCAGGAUCCAAAUCUAAAGGUAAUUCCUCUAAGAAAGAGAAGGUUUCAAAGAAGGCCAAACUAGACAAGGAGAGGGAGAAAGCCAAGCGAAAGAAUCAAACUAAGGACGCUUCUGAGAGCCCAAAAAUGAGAACCCCUAAGAAAAACAAGAUAUUGAACAAUGAUGAGGUUGGGAACAUGCAAUCUGAACUUAGUGCACGGAGAAUGAGAGUAAUGCAGAGUCUGGGUCUGAUUGCACCUUCUGGGUCCCCAUUCUAAAAGAACCGGCAUUUUUGCUUGAGUUUAUGAUAAACAAAAGUUUUAUUGUCCUGGUGGCAGGAUGUUUGAUCAACCCAUUUGGUGCUGAGUUACUUCUUGUCCAUUAACUGUCGGAGCGCAGAAGAAUUUCCCAAAAACUUUCUGUGGUUUCUUAACGAAGCCGUUUUCGGCUUGUUCAUGUACCGUGUUCAGUGUGAUAUCCUGUUGUUGUAAGGCUUAUGCCUGAUGGCCCAACCGUUUGGGUAAAAAAGAAAAACUAGGUAUAAGAUUAAUUUGCUGCCUGGCAUCGGGUAAAUCUAGUAUAAUUUUUCCUGUUCAUUUGAAUCUGAAAAUUUUUGUAGCUACUGCUAUCGUAAGUUCAAGAUUCGACAAGGGUUACUAUUAAUAUUUUAAAUGUUAGAUUAUAAUAUUUUCCAAUUAGGCAGAC